GUGAUGUGACUCGCCUAUUCCCUAAGAAAAUCAGACACCAGAAGACGUAAUUAUAUUUCUUUAAAAAAGAUCGCUUUGUUUCAGAACGAUAGCUAAUCAUUUCGCGGAUCUCAAGAAGCUUGUGAUCGUGUUGAGAUAACUGCAAAACGCUGAUUCCCUUUGAGGGGAUUAACCUUUACCAUUAUGGGAACUCCAGAUGAUAAAUUAGGUCUAACAGCCGAAGAAGACGAUCCAGGAGUGACUAUAUCACAGAAUUCAGAGCAGGAAAGUAAAGCUACCUACACUGUGGAAGAGGCGAUCGACAAAAUCGGUUAUGGACCUUUUCAAGUAAAACUGAUGGUUGUAAUCGGCUUGGCCUGGAUGGCAGACUCGAUGGAAGUGACAAUUUUGGCUAUCGUAUGUCCUGCAAUCCGAUGUGAGUGGAAUUUGGCCACGUGGCAAGAAGCAACGGUCACUACGGCCGUUUUCGCCGGAAUGACAAUAAGCACUUGCAUUUGGGGCUACGUUUCAGAUAACUUUGGAAGGAAGAUAGAAGUGCUGGCUUGCACUGUUGUCAUUUUUGUUGGUGCCUUGCUGAGUGCGUUUGCACCAAACUACUUUUGGAUCAUGGUGUUCAGUACCGUGGUGGGACUGGGAAUGGGAGGCGUGGCCCAAUGCAUGAAUCUUUGGGCUGAGUUCCUACCAAGCAAAGGAAGAGGAGUCUCGCUAAAUGCUCUUUCGGUAAAUACCCCGCAAUGCUUUGCAUUGCUUAGCGUUGCAUAUUCUUUAGUCUGGCGACAGACUGAACUUGAGGCGUGGCUUGUAUUUGAAAGCAAUAUAUACGUAUUGUUAAAAGCGAUCAUUCUGUUGUUCUCGUUGCAGUUAUCAUGGUCUCUAGGAUCUUGCUUGGAGAUUCUUGUCGCUCUCGUGGUGAUGCCCACGCUGGGCUGGAGAUGGUUGUUCUUCAUCUCCUCGCUUCCUCUGUUUAUUUUUAUUUGUUGUAGUAAGCUCGUUCCAGAGUCUCCUCGUUUCUACAUGACAGCUGGCAAGCCAGAGAAAGCUUUGUGUAUUCUACAGAGGAUCGCUAAAGAAAACAAGAAAGAACUUCCUCCAGGACAGCUAGUCGUUACAGAAAAACACGAGAUAUCCCGAGGAAGAAUAACACAUCUUUUUUCUCCUGAAUUUCGUAGAUCUACGAUUUUAUUAUGGAUCAUUUGGUUCAGUAGCCACUUUGUAAUCUAUGGAAUAGCGCUUAUAACAACUGAGAUGUUCUCUAGAACGGACCCUUGUAGAGGUAUCAAUCCUGAAGGGGCCAGUACUACAAAUACUUCAGAUAAUGCCUCACCCGAGGCCACUCCUUGUAAACAGCUUGAUUAUCAAGACUACGCUAAUUACUUUAUUGUUAUGUCAGGCGAUCUUUUAGGAUUAGUGUUUAUAUUUUUCAUGGUGGACAAAAUAGGUAGAAAAAUGGUUCAAUUUGCGGCUUUCCUAGGAAGUGCUAUUUUCCUAACAGCCUUAUUUAUUUGUACAAGAAGUCGUUUAUCGACCACGCUGUUUUUGUACGGCUCUCGUUUGUUCAUAAGUAUUGCUGAUAUGUGCGGCUAUGUAUACACCCCGGAAGUGUAUCCCACGAACAUGCGCGGUAUCGGCCUGGGAGCAUGCUCCGGAGCAGCGAGGAUUGGCUGUAUGAUAACUCCUUUUGUUGCCAUGGUUCUGAUGCCUCAUUCCAUCCUGCUAUCACUUAGUUUGUACAGCGGAUUUUCUGUUCUGGGCAUAGUCACUGUGCUUCUUCUGCCCAUCGAGACUAAAGGACGAGCAUUGCAAGUGAGUCGGACAACUGUUCAAUAUUGCAUAUUUCCAUUAUGGCUCCUGAUAUUUCAUUACGUUAAGUUAAAAGUUUAA